UUAUAUUUGGUGGAGGUGGUGGUGGUGACGCAACGACGACGAAACUGGAAAAGGGAAAACGCCGCAAGACCGCGCACACAGAAGAAGAAGGAGGAGGAGGAGGAGGAGGAGCAAUGUACGUGGAGCUAUUACCUGCCUUUUCCAUUCCGUACCUCUUCUUCCGAUCACUACUCUCUUCCCCCUCGCUGCAUUAAACCGAAUCUCGUCGGCCACAGACGGGGAGAGCUGAGACUCGCCACGGCGUCGGCGGCGCUGGCGUUGACGGCGACGGGCAAGAGGUGCAGGAUGAAAACUUCGCUCAAAAUAUUGCGAGGGGCGCUUCACAAACACAAUAACGAUGGCGAUGCCGGCGGUAGAGACGGACGAGAUCUUCGCUCCUUGGCUCAAUUGGACGAACUUGCAAGCGCUUCUCAGGAUAUGCAGGACAUGAGAGAGUGUUAUGACAGCUUACUCUCUGCAGCAGCAGCAACAGCUAAUAGUGCUUAUGAAUUCUCGGAGUCUUUGCGAGAGAUGGGUGCCUGCCUUCUUGAGAAAACUGCAUUGAAUGAUGAUGAGGAAAGUGGUGAGUUAGUUUGGAGACCCUCCUGAAAGCUGGGACUUCGACGUGGUGAUUUGGUUACCUGGCCUGUAUAGGGUGGCAAUGUGGCAGAAACUCUAAUACCAUUUUUUACCAUCACUAUCUCGUGUAGGUAAAGUCUUGUUGAUGAUGGGGAAAGCGCAGUUUGAACUUCAGAAAAGAGAAAUGUACGAGUAUAUGAGGAUGAGGCGGAGAGAAAAAGGGCGGGCACGGAGUGGCAAAGGAGGAGAGAGAGUAGAGAGCUUCUCUGUGGACCAAGUGCAAGCAGCUCGUGAUCGGUAUGAUGAGGAAGCAACCUUGUUUGUUUUCCGGUUGAAAUCCUUAAAGCAAGGACAAUCACGUAGUCUUCUUACUCAAGCUGCGAGGCAUCAUGCUGCACAGAUGACCUUCUUUAAGAAGGCUCUUAAAGCACUUGAAGAAGUCGAACCACACGUGAAAUCUGUCACUGCACACCAGUUCAUUGACUACCACUUUGCUGGUCUUGAUGAUGAAGAUGAUGGUGAGGAUGACGAUGAUAACAACUCCAGCGACACUAAUGAUGAUGGGGAACUUAGUUUCCAGUAUGAUCAAAAUGAUGAUGAGCGUGAUGUUUCUACAUCAAGAGACUCGAUGGUGUUGGACGGUGGAGACCUAACCUUUCCCAAAGUGUCAACUUCAGAAGCUAGAAAGGAAAAUUUUGGCAGAAGCUACAGAUCUUAUUCUUUCAGAGGAGAUGCUCGAACGGGAAGUCAAUCAGCUCCACUUUUCGCCGUGAGGAAGUCAGUUUCAGUUGACAAGUUGGAACAGUUGCGGCCAUCCUUCGCAAAGAAAUUCAGCUCCUAUGUCCUUCCUACACCAAAUGAUCCCAAUGGCCGUAGUCCCACCACAGCUUCUAGUGGUCCGAUUCCUCGAACCUUUAAUGGGGGUAAGCAUUGGUCACAUUCAAACCGUCAUGAUCCAAAGAAGUAUGAAAAACUCAUGGGAGAUGAGAAAAUGAAUCCAAAAUCAGCCCUCAGAGAGAGCAACAACAACAAUUCUGAUGCAGCUACUCGGUUAACUCCUCCAAUGGGAGACGGCCUUUUGCUCUCGAGGCUUGAUCCAGGUCGCCGCGCAAUCUCCGAUUUUAGUAAGACGAACCAAAGACAAGCCUUUUCAGGCCCCAUUGCAAGGAAAUCAUGGCCCUCCAUCCCUUCUCCACUGGACCAGCAUGCUCAGCUCUUAUCUGGGCCGCUGUUGCAGACUCGAAUGUCCCAAAUGCCAUCUUCCUCUCCUACCAUAUCUCCAAGUACUUCACCUACCUUGCUAUCUUCUCCUCGGAUAAGUGAACUCCACGAGCUUCCGAGGCCUCCAAGGAAUCCGUUGAGCUUUGCAGGAGUUGGUCAUUCAGCUCCAUUAUCAUUUCCCAGAGGCCAAGCAGCAGCAGUAGCUUCUCCGUUGCCUGUUCCUUCUCAGGUCUCCCGGAGUUUGUCUAUACCAUCUGGUGGUCAGAGAGCUGUAGCAUCGGUCCCUUCAGUGGAGUCGUUAACUCCCCAGGCGACUCAAAAUGCUGAGAAUGUUGAAGAAGUUUUUUUCUCGCCGCCUCUGACUCCGCUUUCUCCAUUGGAUGGUCAACCAAUGGCUGCAGCUGGUUCCCAAGUCAAAGACUCACAAGGAUUGUAAUGGGGGUUGAUGAUGGCGCCAUUUCUCGAGGGGAGUUGCUGGGGACAACUGUAUAUAACGGUUCUUCUCCUCUGUUGAAGUUCAUCGUCCUUUAUAUUCAUCAGUGAAGAAAGUUUUGUUCCAUAUCUAGGAUUUCGGUCUCGUUUUACCAGUGACGAUUAUAGUUAUUAUAAGCACCCCAUUUUACUUCUGCAAACAUGGAUUGUUGGUUGAGCCAUUCAAUUGUAGAACCAUAAGCAAGAUAAGAAAUGGAAUCAGGAAUUUCUUGUCUUUGUAAACUAUGGCUCGUGUAAUUGGAGAGGGUUCUAGUUUCGUUGUGGCUUGACAUCGUCGUAGGAGUCGAAAGGACGAAUCUUCAAAUGACAGUAAGAACUAGUUGUUCUUUUUAUUCGUGAUAUCGUAGUUGUUAUAUUAAGUAUUGCCGUACUAAUGGACGUACCAAGUUUGAGC